AUGAAGUUUUUUGUGGCUUUGGCCACUUUGCCAUGGACAAGGUCCUUGAAAGUGUCAAUUCAGGUCAAUGUGUCACAGACGCAGUGUGCCAAUGCAGCGCCCAAUUCAUGCUGCAAAUGGCAAGGGCGAUGUGAAGAUGGAUGGGUCCCAAGGCAGCCUUUGCGUGAACAUAUUGGAAGCAGCAACGAAGAAUGCUGCGAACAGACGUGUAUGUCCUUCGCAUGUCCAGAUGGUUAUGUGACAAACGCCGCCUACCGCAACAACGUGGGUUGGAACGCAGAUGUUUGUUGUGAUCGCACAUGUAAAGACCAUUCUUGCAGCCAGGACGGAUACCGGGUCACCCCAGCGAGUCAAGGCAAGGUUGGUUCCACAGACGAUGAGUGCUGCUCAAAGACAUGCUCCCUGCACAGCUGCGGAGCUCUCUGGAAGCCUUUGGAGGAGAGAGCCCAAUGGGUUGGCAGUUCCGACGCAGUUUGCUGUGAGCCACUCUGUGCCAUGAUGACCUGUGGUGCUGGCUGGGUUUUGGAUGGCAGCAAAGCCGACCAAGUUGGAGCCUCUCGUGAGGAUUGCUGUGCGAAGACUUGUGAAACCGUGACUUGCCCGAGGAAUUUUGGCAUCCCCGAAAACAAGAAACACACCGCGCCCAAUGAUGAAAGUGAAUGCUGCCAGCCCACCUGCAGACAGCACGUUUGUUCCGACGGCUGGGUGACAGAUGCAACUCGCAACGAUCUUUUCAAGUCGUCGGAUGAAGGAUGUUGCCUAAAGAAAUGUGCAGCCUUCGAGUGCCAGGAGGGUUGGGAGAAGAACGCUGAUGCCAAGGAGUUGCUUGCUACCAGCACAGAGACAUGCUGCCUCAAAUCUUGUUCGCUGCAUGAGUGUGGCACAGGCUGGCUGGCCAACCCGUCUCAGAAGGAUGUCCUUGGCUCGUCAGAUGAAGACUGCUGUGAGCAGUCUUGCGCUUUGCACAACUGUGGAAAGGGUCUGACUUUGAAGCCGGCGGCUUCCACCUUGUCUGGGACAACGGACGAUGCAUGCUGCGAGACGGAGCUGUGCUCGCACAUGCGUCAAUUGAAGCCAGCUGGACAUUGUAACGGUCUGAGCAAGGAAGAUUGUGGCAAGACUUAUGUCGAGUCAGAACCGACAGCCACCGAUUCGAAAGAUGCCAGCAAGUCGGUCAAGCAUUUCGUGAGAUGUUUCUUCGACGAAACGGUUUCCCUUUGUCGUAUCAAUGAUAACACGGCUUCCCAAUGCUCCGACAUGUAG